UGUUGCCAAGGUAAUCCAAUGCGUGGUGACGUCAACAAAGGCCGCCGCUAGAAGCUCGUUGGGUAACGGUAACCACGAUUGUUUCUCGGUUUCUCCGUCGCUAUGGAUCCGCUGUUUCUUGCUUGGAGCUGCUACAGAAGACGAAAGUUUCAGAGAUGUUCCGAGAUCUGCUCGAAGAUCCUGACAGAGAACCCGUAUGACCAGGAGCCUGGAAUGUGUCGUGUUUCUGAGGCGGCGUGGAGUUUAAAGACUCGAGCUCUCACAGAGAUGGUUUACAUCGAUGAGGUUGAGGUGGAUCAAGAAGGAAUCGCAGACAUGAUGUUGGAUGAGAACUCUAUUGCUCAGGUUGCACGUCCUGGAACAUCACUGAGAGUUGCAGGAACGGCUCAGGCUGGUGUACCCACUCCAGCUGUCAGACCCAUGACUCAGUCAGGACGACCCAUAACCGGAUUCGUGAGACCCAGCACGCUCUCUGGUAGACCAGAAACUAUGGAGCAGGCCAUCAGAACCCCUCGAACGGCACAGACGGCCCGUCCCGUCACCAGCGCUUCUGGAAGAUUUGUUCGAUUGGGAACGGCCUCUAUGCUCACAAAUCCAGAAGGACCUUUCAUUCACCUUUCUCGCUUAAAUUUGGCCAAGUAUUCAAAGAGGCCGGAGUUGUCAAAGACCCUGUUUGAAUACAUCUUUUACCAUGAAAACGAUGUGAAAAAUGCGUUAGAUCUGGCUGCUCUUGCGACGGAGCAUGCUCAGUUCAGAGACUGGUGGUGGAAGGUUCAGCUGGGCAAAUGCUAUUACAGGUUGGGUUUGUACCGUGAGGCUGAGAAACAGUUCCGGUCCGCUCUCGGUCAGCAGGAGUUUGUGGAUACUUAUCUGUACCUCGCAAAGGUGUAUCAGCGUCUGGAUCAACCAAUCGCAGCUCUGCAGGUUUUUAAACAAGGACUGGGUCAUUUCCCUGGAGAAGUCACCCUCCUGACAGGAAUCGCUCGCAUCCAUGAGGAAAUGAACAACAUCCCAUCUGCUACAGAGUACUAUAAAGAAGUCUUGAAACAGGACAACACACACGUGGAGGCCAUGGCAUGUAUUGGCAGCAAUCAUUUCUACACGGAUCAGCCCGAGAUCGCCCUGCGCUUCUACAGGCGUUUGCUGCAGAUGGGAGUGUUUAACUGUCAGCUGUAUAAUAAUUUGGGUCUGUGCUGUUUCUACGGUCAGCAGUAUGACAUGAGUCUGUCGUCUUUCGAGAGAGCUUUGUCUCUGGUGUCCAGUGAUGAAGAACAGGCGGAUAUCUGGUAUAAUCUGGGACAUGUUGGAGUGGGCAUUGGUGACUUGACUCUGGCAUAUCAAUGCUUUAAACUGGCUUUGGCUUUCCACAAUAACCACAGCGAAGCCUAUAAUAACUUAGCCGUACUGGAGCUCCGGAGGGGUCGUAUUGAGCAGGCUAAAGCUUUCCUGCAGACAGCAGCUUCAUUGUCCCCUCACAUGUAUGAGCCGCACUUCAACUACGCAACCCUUUCUGAUAAGCUUGGCGAUCUUCAGAGCAGCUACAUGGCGGCUCAAAAAUCCGAAGAUGCUUUUCCUGAACAUGUGGACACUCAACAGAUCCUGAAAAACCUCAGACAACAUUUUUCCACCUUAUAAGAUGACGUCAUGUGACUGCUGGAUGUUCUUCUGACAGCAUAAACGCGCGUUUGAUCAGAUGUAUUUAUUGUACGCAAACAAUAAGCUUUACUUGCCAGUCGUUCUUCCAUUAGAUGCAUAGCCUCAUCCCAAACUUGCUUUGUGUUUGUUGUCAAUAUUUUAAAAUGCUGAAACCUCAUGUGGGUUUCAUAUGAGAAUGAAAACACAACAUUAUAUGAUGUAUUUAUUAAAGAAGUGUUUAGUAAACCCAGCAUUCAUUGUGAGGUUC